AGCAGGAAUACGAUACGGUGAAUUGAAUAACGUGCUGAAAGUGGCUUUCUCAACGUUAUAUAUAGUUCAAUGCUGGGUGUAAAAUUAUCCGCUGCUAUUUUUGUAAAUUUAAUUGUUGGUUUCGUUUCACAAAGUUGUAGAGAAUACUCACAAACCUGUGCUGAUUCUGCUGCAUGUUGUGGAGGUUGCUGUUUGCAAGGGAUUUGUAGGGACACUUACGCAGAUUGUCGACUGGGAGGAGACCCGUGUACAAAUUUUUAUUGUCCUCCAGGAGAUGAGUGCUAUGUUUAUCAAGCAAAAGAUUGUGGUGGCUGCGGUCCAACAAAAGAAUGUCGAACUGUUUCAAUACCUCUAGCACCUGAAAAGUAUACGACUCAGCAGAUAUAUCGUUUAGUAGAAAAUAUGGCAAGAAAAGUACUUCCUAACGCAAAAACUGUUGUAUUCAUAGAGGUUUUAUAUAUUUUUAUAAGUUAUUGUUUGUAAAAUAAUAUUCUGUCCUACUUCAA